GGACGAGUCGAUCAGAUUUUGGUAUUCAAUUGAGUCAAGACAAGGGAUUUGACUACAAGCUGUUUACUAUGAUUGCUUGGGAUCCACCCGGUUAUGGGUAUAGUAGACCACCUGAAAGGGCGUAUGGAAAAGAUGUCUAUAAAAAUGACGCCGAUUUGGCGGCAGAAUUAAUGGCGAAAUUAGGCUAUAAUUUGUAUUCACUACUGGGUUGGAGUGACGGUGGAAAGGUAGCUCUAUUGAUGGCAAUUAAAUACCAAUCACGAAUUGAUAAGCUGGUCGUGUGGGGUACCGGGGCUACGGUGACCGACAAUGAAAGAAAGACAUUA